CCUCGGGGCGAGCACACCCCUUGCGCCCGUGUCAGUAUUUCAGAACAGAGGCCAGCAUUUAGUCAUUCUACGUGAAAGCUACAGGCACGCUGGUCUGCCGAAUAUUACUCCACCUUUUGGACUAUUGGCGCAUUGAAAGUUGAUGUUUUUUUAAAAACAGCAUAUAUAUUUCUGUUUAUAUAUUUCCCACUUGGCAGAGGACAAUUUUAGUAACCCUGUUCGUUGGAGACUGUGCCUUUUACCCGUCGCUGGAUACUUUUACGCACCGUUUUUUUAACACGCAAAAGGACAAUGCCUCGGUCUUUCUUGGUUAAAAAGUACUUCGCCAAACAAAAGCCAAACUACAGUGAACUGGAAUGUCAGAAUGCUACGUCACUGGACAAAUAUCCUCUGGCUGAGCUCUCAUCCACUGCCACCUGCUUGACAGCAGGUCUGGUGUGGGACCUCAGUGUGCUGCCUGCUCUCUACCUGCCCACCUGCCAAACAGAGCCCUCCGCCAUCCCGGGCCCCUUGGACCUCAGCUCCCCGUCCAGCCUGAGCAGCAGUGCCAGCAGUAGCGGCGAGGAGGAUGAAGGGCGCACUUCGGACCCCCCCAGCCCCGAACCGGUGCAUACGUACGCCCCUCGUCAGCGGAUGAAAUGUACUGGCACCAUGGCCCAUGUCAGUCCGCCAGAGGAGGAAGAGAGGGAGGCCCCCGUUGCUGCCAGCAGGCCUGCCUUCCUCUGCAAGCACUGUCCCAAAGAGUACACCAGCCUGGGGGCUCUAAAGAUGCACAUCCGCUCACACACCCUGCCCUGUGUGUGUACCACAUGUGGAAAGGCUUUCUCCAGGCCGUGGCUGCUGCGCGGCCACAUCCGCACGCACACAGGCGAGCGCCCCUUCUCCUGCCCCCACUGCAACCGAGCGUUCGCCGACCGCUCCAAUUUGCGAGCUCAUCUGCAGACCCACGCCGAGGUGAAGAAGUACCAGUGCAGCGUCUGCUCUCGCACCUUCAGCCGCAUGUCAUUGCUGCAGAAACACAGCUCCUCAGGGUGUUGCUCCGCCACGGCGUGAGGCGCAGCGGGUCAAGACUCCCGAGAUCAGGAUGGUGGAGGGCGGAGGACUGUCGACUGCUGAGAACCUCUCAGUCCGUCAUGACAAUGACUUUUCAGCUUUGAGAAAAAUGGAAGGAAUCGGUCCUCGUUGUGGACCUGCAUGUGACGAGGCUCGAAGCGCGGCGCCUCUUUUCCAUGCUAAUUUGAAGUCUUGAGGCCGUUGGACCAAAUCUGAAGCGAGCUGAUCCUUACUUGAUGUCGGCCCCUUCGCCGCCAUCCCGCGCAUUCCGAAGACCAAACACGUACUCAACUCCUUGGGGUAAGAGGUGUUCUUUCCUGUCUCCGUCCCGGUGCCGGACAGCUCGGGAUUCACGGCCCGGACGCAGCUGCUGAGAGGUAGGCUUGCGUGGGUGGUGUCAACCUCUCAACGCGC